UGUGUUUAUUUAUAAAGUGAGGGGGGUGAGGGCAUUUCCUCGGUCUAUCUGGGGUCAUACGACCCUCCCAACGUGGAUAAAUGAAUGGUGGGCUCGACGGCCACACCAUGCAGGACCGGCCCCUGAUUGGCUCAGUGCACAGCAGGAAUAAACACUCUCAGGGUAUAUAUAUUGCAGCAAGGUGUGACACUUCUAAGAAAUCAGAAACCCCUAAGAUAACAAAGAACAGCUGCUGUUUAGAUUUUUUUUAACCAGCAAAUCUAAAAGUUUGAGGAUGAGGGCGCAGAUCCAAAAGGUCCCUCAGAUUGUUGAGUUGCUGAAGAAGAAGUCUGUCGGGCUGCAGCACUUCAAACCAACAUCCUCAGUGUGCGUCUUGGAGGAGAAGGAUGCUGUGGAGGCUGCGCGCUGCCCUCACGCUGCCUCCAGUGCGCACGGCCUGGACGCGAUUCCCGGACCCACCAACUGGCCGCUCAUCGGCAGUCUGGCUCAGCUGAUCUGGAAAGGAGGUCUGAUGAGACAACACGAGGCACUGGUUGAUUAUCACAAGAAAUUCGGCAAGAUUUUCCGGAUGAAGCUGGGCUCUUUUGAGUCGGUGCACAUCGGCGCACCUUGCCUGGUGGAGUCGCUCUACAGGACGGAGGGAACUUACCCUCAGAGGCUGGAGAUCAAACCCUGGACUGCAUACAGAGACAUGAGAGACGAAGCGUACGGACUCCUCAUUCUGGAGGGGGAAGACUGGCAGAGAGUGAGGAGCGCUUUCCAGCAGAAGCUCAUGAAGCCGACAGAGGUGGUGAAGCUUGAUCGCAAAAUAAACGAGGUGUUGAUGGACUUCGUUGGCAGAAUUGGAAAGACGAACGUCAAUGGAGAGAUUUCAGAUUUGUACUUCGAGCUCAAUAAAUGGUCGUUUGAGACCAUCUGCCUCGUCCUCUACGACAAGAGAUUUGGUCUCCUGCAGGAGAAAGUCAACGAGGAAGCCAUGAACUUCAUCACCGCAGUGAAAACAAUGAUGAGCACAUUUGGCAUGAUGAUGGUCACACCGGUGGAGCUCCACAAGAAACUCAACACCAAUCCAUGGCGGAAACACACAGAAGCAUGGGACCGCAUCUUCAGCACAGCUAAAGUCUACAUUGACAAGAAGCUGAAAAGAAACGCCAACAGAGCUCCUGAUGACUUAAUCGGUGACAUCUUACACCAGAGCUGUCUCUCCAAGAAGGAGCUGUAUGCAGCCAUCACAGAGCUGCAAAUAGGAGGUGUUGAGACGACUGCCAACAGUAUGCUGUGGGCUAUUUUCAACCUGUCACGUAACCCCGAUGCCCAGAGGAAGUUGCUUGAGGAGAUUAGAGCAGUGGUGGCUCCUGACGAGGACCCGUGUGGAGAGCACCUUAAGAGCAUGCCCUACCUCAAGGCCUGCCUCAAGGAGUCUAUGAGGUUAUCGCCAUCAGUCCCGUUCACCAGCAGGACCCUGGACAAAGACACUGUGUUGGGAGAUUAUGCCAUUCCAAAAGGAACAGUUUUAAUGAUCAACAGCCACGCACUGAGCUCCAACGAGGAGUACUAUGACAAUGGGAAGCAGUUCAAACCUGAGCGCUGGCUGCGGGAAAACAGCACCAUCAACCCCUUCGCUCACGUUCCCUUCGGCAUCGGAAAGAGGAUGUGCAUCGGCCGACGGCUGGCAGAGCUGCAGCUACGGCUAGCCAUGUGCUGGUUGGUCAGAGACUAUGAGAUCGUAGCAACAGAUAACGAGGAGCUUGACGUGGUCCAUUCAGGACUUUUGGUUCCCAACAGAGAACUUCCUGUUGCCUUCAUCAAAAGAGAAAGAUGAGGCUCCAUAUUCAUCUCUUGUGGACGUCAUGACAGAAAGAUGAUACCUCUGUUGCCACUGCGCUGACGGUCCAGUGACUCCCUGUAUUGCUGCUCUGUAAAUAGAAAAAGCAGACAGAAAUUUUUUCACAUGUAAUCAUGCCAUAAAUACCUCAAACUUAUUUAAAACUAUUGCUUUUGACUGAUAAUGACUGACCAAAAUACCAGUUGUUAUGUACAAAUUGAAUGUUGUACCGAGGCAGCUGUGUAUGUAAAUAUCUAUUACUUUCCUUGUUUAAUAACUUAUAUAUAUAUAAAUAUAAAUGUCAUGUUUAUUUUUCAUUCUGUAUAUAAAUUGUCAUUUUAACACUG